AUGGCGACCGCCGGCUCCUCUAGUGACGGCCGGCUCGACGUGGCGCAACUCCUGGCGCAGCGUGCGGCGAGCAGCGGGCGGCCGUCCAUCGAGGUGGAAAAGGAGGACGACCUCGAGUACGACCUGGCGCACCUUGCCGCCUUUGACCCUGCGCCGCUCUCUGCUGAGGCGCUCUCGGCGGACGCCGAGGCGCACCUGCUCGAAACGGCGCGCGACAACGCGCAGCUGAUGGCGAACCGGCUGUACGCGAUCCUCGCGUCGCAGGAGAGCAAGGCGGUCAUCCGCCUUCCCCCGCCCACGACGCAGCUGCCGCGCGAGAAGCCGCUGCCAAAGCCGCGGCCGCAGACGCGCUGGGAGAAGUUCGCGGCGGAGAAGGGCAUCGUCAAGAAGAAGCGGUCCAAGAUGGUGUGGGACGAGGCCGCCGGCCAGUGGGCCCCGCGGUACGGCUUUGGCCGCGCCAACAAGCAGGACGACCCGCUCAAGACGUGGCUCGUCCCUGCGAAGCCGGGCGAGGACGGCUCGACCGACCCGUUCGAGGCCGCGGCCGGGAAGCGGGGCGAGGCGCGCGCGAAGCAGAAGCGGCAGGAGGAGCGCAACCGUCUCGAGGCGGCCCACGCCGCCGGCCUCACCUCGCGCGGGAAGGGCGCCGCGGCGGGCGCCGGAGGCUCGCUCGGCUCGUCGAUCUUGGAGAGCAACUCGUCUCUGGACCCCGCGAUCUUCGGCGAUGCCCUGCUGCGCGACAUGGCCAAGCUCUGGAUCCGGACGCUCGACGGGAGGAGCGGCCAGCGCCGCCGGCCUUCGCCAGCACUGCUAGCCGCCGCCCGCCAGUGGCAGACGUCUCAGGAGCAGCAGCGGCGGCGGCGGCAGCAGCAGCAGCAGCAGCAGCAGCAGCGCCGGCCGGCGCCGGACCCGGCCGCUCCGCCGCCUGCGCAUGCCGAGAACCCACGCUGCUGGCACAAGUGCUCGCUCGGCGGGGAGAUCCGAGUGCUCGCUCUCUCUACCGAGGCGGGCUUCGCCGAGGUGCACGCGGCGGCCUGCGCCAAGUUUGGCGUCAGCGAGGACUGGCGACUGCUCUGCCGCGAUGCCGCCGACGCCGCCGACGAGCGCGGGGCUGACCCUCCGCUCAUCACGCUCCUUGCAGCGAACCAAGGGGAUGCCGUCUAG